UUAUUUAUUUUUAUUAUUAUUAUUGUAUUCGCAUUGAUGUAGCAAAACGAGUUUCAUUGGAAACAUGGGAAUUAUAUAACUUUAACUUUACCACAGCCACAAAUUCAUAUUUGUUUUGUUUUAAUGAAUUGUAUCGAUAUAGCCAAUUUGGACUUUAUGGCUGUGGUAUCCAGUGGGAACCGGAACGAUCGGGCUUGUCAUGUGGUAAAAGAGGGCGUUUCCAUCAGUUACUUUUGAAAACAUGGAGGCUGUUGUGAGCGAUUUGGUAGCACCAGAAGACCUUUUGAAAUUUGAGAAGAAGUACAGUGCUGAGUUGGUGAAGGGGGGCGUGUCAAAGGAGACCAAGUUUGAAUAUGCAUGGUGUCUGAUCCGGAGCAAGUAUUCUGAAGACAUUAAGAAAGGAAUUGUUUUGUUGGAAGAGCUGGUUAACAAGGGAUCAAAGGACGAUGCCAGAGACUUCCUGUUCUACCUAGCUGUGGCCAACUACAGACUGAAGGAUUAUGAGAAAGCUCUGAAGUAUAUCCGCACUCUCCUGAAGAAUGAACCGGGCAACAACCAGGCCAUGGAGCUGGAGAAGCUAAUAGACAAGGCUCUAAAGAAAGAUGGCUUGGUUGGCAUGGCAAUCGUCGGAGGAAUCGGCCUGGGCGUAGCUGGAUUAGCAGGCCUCAUCGGAUUGGCUGUGUCCAAGGGUCAUGGCCCAAGGUCCUAAUAUGGAGUGGGGAGGGCUUUAGCUUUGCUAACACACUUCAAAGAAAAACUGACAUGCCCUCCUCAAACUUCUCCCCCAUAACAAAUUCAAACUAAGAUUGGAAAUGGCUGCCGUUCCCCAAGAUGAGAAGACCACCCGUGGAUCUCCCAAAACGUUUCACUCAUAUUGUCCAUGGAACAAUGUUUGGGGAUUGAUUUCUGAAAAUAGCCUUAGAUUCACUUAAAUUGUCUUCAUAUUUAAACAGGUUUUGUUUCCAGUGAAUUUGACAUGUGUAUAUUCAUACAGAGGUUUAACAUGGCACUUUGCAUAUUUACAUGUUAGUCAUUUAGCAGACACUCUUAUCCAGAGCUACUUACAGUAGUGAAUGCAUACAUUUCAUACAUUUUUUUUUUUUCCGUACUGGUCCCCCUACUUUGUCUUCCAUAUUAUACAUUAUAAAUAAGUGUGAUGGAGCACGUUACUAAAUGGCAUCUCUUGACUUACUGACCUCAGUAUGUUAGCAUGCACCCUGAGAAGCCACUGAGUUAGCAUCUAAGCAUGUGUUGGACUUUAAUUAAUUUCUUUAUAUAAGUGCAAUUUUACUUCAAUUAUUGUUGUCUUCAGUAAUUUAGACAGAGAAAGCAUUGGUGUUUAGGGAAGUGUCUUAUGUUUAGAGGUAAGUGUUGUGUAGUGUCCAAGCUGGUAAGUGUGUAUGUGUAGUUGGUAAGAAUUAGGCAGCUGUGCUGUGAAUCACUCAUGUUGUCCACAGGGGGCAUCUUUUCUUAGGGAUUGGGUAAAGAUGAAUUCCCAGACAGUGCAAGAGAGUAAAACAGCCCUCGGGAAAAGGCUUUCAUUUGUCUUUAAUUGACAGUGUAUAUGCAAGACAACAAGUAAAAAAUAACAUUAUUUAUCCAUAAUAUAACCCCAUUUACUCAAGUUAUCAUAAUGGCAUGAUACUAACAGAUUUUGUUUUAUGUAUCAAAAUACCAAGAUGUUUCAGCUAUUUUAUUUUUUUCUCCAGUUUUGAUUGUAAAUAAAAACAUUUUGAUUUA